GUUCACCUAUGUGGACCGGAAUUGUCGCCUGGUUACGGGAGCUCUCUGGUAGAGAGGAAUGCUAGCCGCCUAGCAGCGUUUCUGAACAGUUCUCUCUUUGUCACGGUAUAUAUAUGUACCGCCAGUACUUUAUGCCAAGCAGAGACAGUCACGCAUGGUGAGGAUAGAAUGAGGAGUUCUCAACUUUAUUUUUGUUCACUUAUUGAAAGCUGCACAUUUAUGGCGUUUGUCAGUGUGAGUGGAGACUUCUGCCAGGCACAGCACCUGGUCAUUGUAGACAAGUGAAAAGAGGGCCUGCCAUAUGAAGAUUACACUACCUGACUGCCCAUCUUACAUUCUGCACUUUUGGGGAGCAUCCGUUUAUGUCCAAAUUUAGUUGUAUGAAUAGAUUUGAGCCAAUCCAGGUACUAGAGAGUGAAGCAUUUUCCUUCUCUCUAGUGCCAACUGAUCAUCUCUCCUCACCUGAAUGGGGUAAUUAGAAAUUGCAAAUCGGAAGGAUAGUCCCCUUCUUCAGUUUUAUUUUGAAACCGAGGGAUCUUAGAAUUGUCUUCAUAUUUUCCCUUUAGAGUCUUCAGAGAUUUAUCUAAAAGUCAAAUUGCUUAGAUAUUUCGAUAUAAUUUUUCUACCCCUUCGCAAGGUGUUGGUUUUUAUCGAGUACAAUAACCCGCCAUUUAAGUGUCAAAAUGAAUCGCCCUGCUCCUGUUGAGAUCACCUAUGAAUGCAUGAGGUUUCUCAUCACCCACAAUCCCACCAAUUCACAGCUGACCAAGUUUACAGAGGAACUGAAAAGUUUUGGAGUGCAAACACUUGUUCGAGUUUGUGAUGCGACUUACGACAAGACACCAGUGGAAAAAGAAGGCAUUGACGUUUUGGAUUGGCCUUUUGAUGAUGGCUGUUCACCCCCGGAGCAAAUUGUUGAUGACUGGUUGAACCUACUGAAAUGUAAAUUUAAAGAGGAACCAGGCUGUUGCAUUGCAGUACAUUGUGUUGCAGGAUUGGGACGAGCUCCUGUUUUGGUGGCUAUAGCCUUAAUCGAGUGUGGGAUGAUGUAUGAGGAUGCUGUCGAGUUUAUUCGGCAGAAAAGACGUGGGGCUUUUAACGCCAAACAACUAAUGUACCUUGAAAAAUACAAACCCAAGAUGCGUCUGCGCUUCAAGGAUGCCAAUGGUCAAAACUGCUGCAUUCAGUAGAAUAACAUUCAUCCAAGGAUCUUAGAAAAUUGAUAUGAUGAUGAUUAUUAUUAUUGUUAGUGUUGUUAUUAUCAGUUUGUUUGAUGAUUAUAUUGGGCCAGGACUUUGCUGUAUUACAGUGCCAAGCACACAGUCUGGUUACUCAUUGUCUGGAUGAGUAUUUUUUUUAUUGAACAGUAACUUCAAUCUAGCCAAUCAUGUAAGCUCACAGGAAAAGUGGGAUAUCACUAGUGGUGUUUUUUCAUUGUAACAAACACAUUGGUAUAAUGAUUGAUUGCAGUUGUUAGUGUUUUAUGCCCUUUCUAAAUUAGGUUUUCCAAAGUUGUCUGGAUUGUGUAUUUCAACAUCCCGCAUUAAGUGACAAUUUUACUCUGUUGGUGCUUGUAUUGGACAUUUCUUGAAGUCUACAAGAUACAUGGGCACAACUGCUGUAUCAAAUGUUAUAGAUAUAAAACAUUCCAGGAUACAUUCACAGGUCAUAAGAUGAAUUCACUUUGGUCAUCAGUUGAAUGGAAAAAAAUGAAUGAAAUGGCAGAUUAUCCAAUCAAAAUAAUACAAACUGAUUGUUGAAAUGUCAAAUUCAAAUAAACAAAAAAUCAAUAUAA